AUGAUAAAAGAAACAAAUGACAAAGGUGACGUUCUUUUUCCUGAAAACUGUGUACAAGUGACGGUCGUAGAUGAAAGAUUGGAAAGACACAACCCGUCCCUGGAAGAGAUGCUUGUUACAUCGCCAGGGGGCGCUCGAAGAAGUGUCAAGGUCAUAUCAUCGAACUCCACCAGCGCGAUUGCAACGUUUCAGGCCGUGUGCCAAGAGGUGAAGAACGGCGCCCUCGUUCUACUUGAUGCUUCCUCCCCGAGUGUUGGUCCUCUACUGCGCUCCUUCGCCAGGGCAAACGGCUUAGUGGUGAUUACACUCAUAGACGAGGCACUCCUACUUCCGGUUGAUACGGCAGAUGAACGCUUUAUCCAGAUAGAGCCACCAGGCACGGCAAUGUUAAGGAUUGUGGCAGACAUCGUCCGCUUUGACAACCUAACCAAUGUGGCAAUACUCUAUGAUGACAGCUUUAACCUGCACGAAGUUCCGAGGUGGCUUAUCAGCGGCGUGCUGUCUCAUCACUUGUACCAGGCUAUCGACAGAUCCACGCUGGCCCGAGUCCUGAACGACAUAAAAGAACUGGAGAUAGAAAACGUCUUUAUUGUGGCGGCUUCGACUAACGUAGAUUACGUCCUCGGGCAGGCGAAUGCACCUUUGCAUGAUGCAGCUAUAAACUGGUUCGUGGUGACAAAGGAUGCCAAGAUGUCAUGUGACGGAUGCGUUCAUAACACGCGGGUGGUUGUAGCGGAGGCGGAUGGCUCGAACGAGAAACGACAGGUGUACGUCCAGUUUGUACAGAAGGAGAUAAAUUCUUUCUUCCAGAGCCCAGAUCUCAAGGUUGACGAAGUAUUUGCAUAUGACUUGAUGCAAAUCUUCGACGGAAGAAUUCCAGAAGCCAACUUCACUAAAAUCACAAGUUGCUAUGGUGAUAAUGUCAUCUCAAAUGAAACAUUAUUGACGAGUGACACAAUUAUAAAGAAUUUCAAAGAUGUGAAUCACGAGGGUGUGUACGGGCCAAUAGUGUCGGUAGAGGGUGGACUCAGGCAGCAGGUUAGAAUGAACAUCCGUGAGGUCCAUUACAGCAAGGGCACUGUGUCCGCUAGCAGCAUGCUCGGUGUCUGGACAGAGAAGACAGGCCUUAACGUCACAGUGUCCUCGCUGACGGCCGCAAAAUCCCAGAAAAGCUACAAGGUCGUCGUUAUUCCCUCGUACGAGCCCUUUAUAUACAAGGACAAGGUGUUUGACAAUGGAACUCAACGGUACAGCUACAGGGGUUUGUGUAUCGACCUAUUCAACGAGAUAGCAAGUGCCCUAAAUUUCAAGUACGAGCUUUAUGAAAGCGAGGACGGAUAUUUUGGCGCUCUUAACGAGGAUGGGACAUGGAACGGGGCCAUAAAGGAACUCAUCGAAAAGCACGCCGACAUUGCUAUUGGCCCGUUAUCGGUGAUGUCGGAGAGGGAAAAUGUCGUUGAUUUCACGGUGCCCUAUCAUGAACCAGUUGGUCUAACAAUCCUCAUGAAGAAACAGAAAUUUGAGUACAUCCUUCAUAAGUUCCUCAAGGUGCUGGAACUGAACGUCUGGCUGGUGAUUGUCGCAUCGUUCUUCCUCUUCUCGAUCCUCAUGUGGCUGUUCGACAAGUUCAGCCCUUUCAGCUACCAAAACAACCCAGACAGCAGUACCGGCCCAGAAAAGCGCAUCUUCACGUUCAAAGAGGGGAUCUGGUUCUGCAUGACUUCACUCACACCUCAGGGUGGUGGUGAAGCACCGCGGGCGAUCUCUGGGCGUCUUGUUGCUGCCACGUGGUGGUUGUAUGGCUUCCUUCUCAUCGCUUUCUACACGGCUAACUUGGCAGCAACACUAACCGUGACCCGUUUGGAGACGCCUAUCGAGUCUCUGGAUGACCUUUCCAAACAACAGAGCGUAAAGUAUGGUCCCGUCAACGGCACUGCUGCCCUCGUUUACUUUACCCGGAUGAAACAGAUUGAGGAAGAUUUCUAUAGAAUCUGGAAGGACAUGAGCCUGAACGACAGCCUGUCGCCUGUGGCGCGUGCAAAACUAGCGGUGUGGGACUACCCGGUCAGCGAGCAGUUUACCAAGCUGAUGGGUCGGAUGCACGUACCAGACACAGCACAGGAGGCGUUACGCAUGGUCAAGGAUGGGGAAUUUGCCUUUAUAGACGACGCGAGCCGGAACCAGUACCAAGUGCUCACGGACUGCGAUGUGGAGGUGAUAGGGGAAGAAUUCUCCCGCAAACCAUUCGCCUUCGCAGUCACGCAAGGAUCUCCACUUCGCGCACAAAUUUCAAAUGUGAUUCUUGAGCUGUCUAAUAACAGGAUCCUUGAAGAUCUAACGAACAAGUGGUGGGACAGCAACGAGUUACACAAGGACUGCCCGCGCAUCGAGAACGAGAGCGACGGAAUCUCUAUCAAAAACAUUGGUGGUGUCUUUCUCCUCAUCGCCAUUGGCACGGGACUGUCCCUCAUUGCUUUCGUGUGCGAGUACUACUAUUAUAGGGUUCGUCCGAAGAAACAAGAGCGUCUCUACGCAAUGGAGGGCAACACUCGACUCUCCCGAAUCGAAACCGAGAUAAGCCUUGACGACAUCAGCGUGCAGCAACAACCAUCAGAUAGAACACCGGGAAAAGCUUUAGCCGACCCACCGCGGAAAAAUCCGCUCGAAAAUGGAAGAACGCAUCAUGAACUGUCACCUGUUACGAACGGUGACAAAACCGCUAACAAUGGUUCUUACAGACGUAAAAGUACGUCGCGCGGACAUUCUACGUCGAAAGCUGAGCACAGAAAUGGGAGUGUUUCAAACGGCAUUUCAAAUUCAGCUUUCAUUUACGAUACACCAAAGAGUAUGGCAAAAAAAUAUACCGACUUGAACAAGGAUUCAAUAUCAGAGAGGUUUCCGACAAUGUACAAGGAAUCAAUGUCAGAGCGAUUUCCUAACUUGAACAAAAAUGGUGACGUCCAGGCUGCGUUUUCUGAAAAACUCUGAGCGUUUACGCAUUAAUUCAAAGUGAAAAAGUAUAUUCAUUCGGGAAACGGGCAAAAAAAAACGUCAACUGCCAACUGUCAAUUGGGGCAUUGCUGUGUUGACGAUUACCCAGACAAAGGGUUUUGAAGAUAUUAACAAUGAAGACUAUUUAGUCCAUCGGGGCAUUGUUUUGGAAGAUACAUUUCUAUAAACUCUCAGGAACAAACUGAUAUACACAUCCGGGCAACUGUAAAUAAGAACCCUAAUCAAAUCAUUUGUGAUGACUAGUAAAAGGUCGAGGAAGGUGUUGGUGAAAACGAUGGGUAACAGGGUUCUGGUUGUAGCUAUUACUUUCAUUUGUUAUAAAAGGGCACAUUUUAAUGUUCUGAGAAUGAUGUUUCUAAUGUAUGGAAACAUGUGGUAUAUCCAAUAUGAGAUAGAUAGCUUUCUAGAUAUGUGAAAAACAAAAAAAAAUACUCUUCACGCGGAGCUAAACUACGUAGAAUUAAAACAUCAGAAUUCUUCGUCUCGUCAAACUAUAGAUAUAGCAUAUUAAAAUGGUUAAGACAAAAUGUUAGUGCAAAGAAAUGCGUAGUAAACAAGUAUAUAUAGGAUAAUACUUGAUUGACCUUUAAAUUCGGUUAAUAAUUGCCGAUGCGUAGAGAAAAAUUGCCCGAGGGGCAAUUGUUCAAGUUUGAAGAUUAAUUGCCCGAUGGUAAUUAUUUUUCAAUGUGGCAAUUAUCAACGGAAACUCAUGGUCAGCCAUGUCUUAUUCUGUAUAAUACAUGUUUGUCAUUUGUCAAUAAUUUGAAGCUUUUUUAAAAAAAUAAAAUUGAGGAACAACAUUGGAUUUGAUGACCAGGAAGACUGAAAGGUAAAAAGAGACAUAUCAAAUUUGUGUAAAUGACGUCAAAGUGCUCAUCUUCGCCGGGCAGUUAUGCCAUAAUCGCCUGCACGUGCCGUGAUAAUCUCACGGGUAGAAACGAUAAUAAGUUUUUCGGGACCGAAUUUCUGUAGUAAACUAUUACGAUAAAUUUUAUAUGUGUAUUAUUCUAAACUAACCACGUCAUAUUGAUCUGUAGACAUUGUUAACAAUUCUGAUUUCUUACUAAUACCUACUACUGCUACAUAUCCUUUUUGUGGUUGUUUGUAACAAUGCAUAAUAAUGUACAUACUCGAAGGUAUACAUAAGUUUUGACUUAACCCAGUCAUACUUGCAUUUUAUACAUUGUUAAGAUUAAAAUGUUCUUACCCGAUCAAACCAUCAUAUCCUAUAUGUGCUUGUCAUAAUAUACAGCUGUUUUCUUGUAUUUAUGUCCAUUAUGUAGUAUCUGUCGUGCAUUUAAGCUCUAAAACGUGUUCAUUGAGUGUUUAAAUAUUGCUGAAAUCCGUGGUGUACAAAGUGACUGGAGGCAAUAUAUAUGAUUAAUACAUAACUGUGUUUUGGUUACGUGUUAUUGAAAGAAAUGAGAGUAUGAAUUCGUAUGCAUUCUUGUAUCAUAUUUCUAUAUUGUAAUUUUUGGACUUCCUCCACGACAUUGUAAUAGUUGGGCAUCUCACAUCUUUGUAAUUAAGGGCAUUUCAAAAUACGCCUGUUUGUUGUUAUAUUUUAUAAUGAAACUGUGAUUUAAUAAAAGACAUUUAUUAUCUUGGAGUUAAGUUGUUUGUUUUUCUUUCUUUGAGUAAUAUGGUUUGGAUGCGUGGACGUGUCAAGAAUACGUAA